GACAGUUGGAGGUUGAACUGUAUGCAAAACUCUGAAUUCCCAGCCCUUUGGAGCGCCAAAAUUGCACGCUCCUGGACAGCUGCCUGGACUGCAGUGAUUCGUUCCCUACAGUUCGCAGACACGACAAUACUUGCACCCCGUCCAUCACCUAAGUCAUCCAUACCUAGGUAUAUCCAUCGCAGGGGGCUGGCUGGGCUGCGGGACUCCUGACUUGACUGCGCUGCGCCCACCCAAAGAGACGAGACGGCACCGCACCCGCACCUGCACCCGCACAAUUGAUACGCGUCUCCCACAGCCGCAGAGCAACAGCUUGCGCGCCGCCCUCCGUCACAAGUCGCCCAUUGAGGCGCCUGCACCACGUCCAUCGCGACAGCUGCCAUCGAGUUGACCUGUUUUUUGCCAAAUCUGAUCCGCUGCACCACCGCGCAAUGGACAACAAACGGAAAGCGGGCCCGACGGGCGCCGCCGAGAAUGACGACCGAGCUGCCAAACGACGCAAGGUCCCAAGGCCUCCACAAGAGUACGACCUGAUGAAGGGCGAAAGCCCCGAGUCGACCUCCGCCUACGGCCUUGUUUUCUUGGAAACCAUCCGCAGAACGAAGGACAAGAGUGGACGACUUGUGGCUAGCUACUUUGAGAACCUCCUCCCCCGUGAGAAGAACAAGGACUACUAUGCGCGCAUUCGCAUGCCCAUCUCCCUGAAAAUAAUUGAGCGCAAACUCCACAACCAGGACUUUGCCAACAUGUCUGAACUCGAAAGCUACUUCAAGCGAAUGGUCACCAAUGCGAAGGAGUAUUAUCCCAAGAAUUCCGAGAUUUUCGAGGACGCCGAGCGUGUCAGAAAAGCGCUGAGCAACUACAUGACCAAGACGAACCCGGCCUACAAGUUGGUACAGGGCUAUAGUUGCACUGCUGCGCCUAUACCUGAUGAUUUGCAGUCGACGGAUUUCAUGGAUGAAGACGCAGGGGGUGGCGAGGAGGACGUGGCUGGCGAAGAUGAUGCCGAAGGCGAGGAAGACGAGGACGCGGGUGAAGACGACGAGGAAGACGAACAAGACGACGAGGACGACGGAAACCCCAGAAAAAUCAUCCUGAAGCGAAGGGAUUCCAACAACGGCGUUAAACGUGGGUCCGACUCGGUGCGGAGACGUGACAGAAGUGGGAGGGCCAAGGCAGACCAUGAGUUCGAGGGCGUCCCGUACAAGGGACUGAACUUCCAACACGCGCAGGAGAAAAUCGUGGAGGAGCUUAUUCGAAAGCCAGACGAAGACGGUGGCCCUCAUUUCUUGGACUUUAUCAAUCUCCCACCACGCAGCUUCAAGGAUUAUUUUGCCGUCAUUACCUCACCGUUGUCGUUAAAGGGGCUUCAAAAACUCGUCAAGGGCAUUCAUGGUCGACAAGCUGCCACUGGUAUCAGCGACUUCAAGAGCUGGGCAGCUUUUGAGGAAAAGGCCAGCCUUCUUUGGACCAACGCUCAUUUCUACAAUGAGGAUGGCAGUGAAAUCCACACCCUAGCCACAGAGUUGAAGCAAGCCUUUUAUGAUGAGCUCAACGCGGCGAAGGCAGUAGUCCCGGAACCGCCUCAGCAGCCCAAGAUUAAGCUCAAGGUUGGUUCGGGUCAGGAUACUCCGGUACUGGGUGCCAAAAAGAUCACGAUCCAUGUCGGCGGGUCUAAAGGCAGCGCAACAGGGUCACCAGCACCACCGACCAGCCGCUCUAGCGAAUCCGGCCCUAUUCCACCCCAGGCGUCAUUUACAACCGCUGCCAGCUUCCAGCUGGACAAAUCUAUGAGUUUACCCUCAGCUGGAGGGUCCCCGAGCCCCUCUGUCAUCGCUCCUGGGCCACCAAGUAUGGUUCCACGGCCGAAUGGACAUGUUCCGAGUCCCAUGAUGAUGAAUGGGCAGCACGGUUACCCAGGGUCGCAUCAAGCACUUCAAAAUGGCCAUCUGCCUCCUGCACCAGCACCUGCGCCUGCACCGCCACCUCCUCUGUGGGACAACUUGGUUCGCGCUCCUGGUAGAGGUAUUGCCGACUCUUUGUUGCCCAGUGUUCUUGUCCGGACACAUCCAACAGUUCCAGGGGACCGCCGAUUUCGGAUGGAACUUCCAGCGGACCCAAAGCUGGCUCAGCAGAGUGUCACUUUCCACUUGCCGGCUAGCCACAGCAGACUGCAGUUGGUUCCCCGGUUGGCGCCCUUUGAACAACAGGGACGUCAGUACAAGCUCAUCGUUCAGAUCAAUGGACAGAUGGUGGGCAGAGCCACCCCGAUUCCUGCACCUGAUGAUCCGCUGCCACUAAACGCCAUGGUGUUUGACUUGGGUUUAACUCUGGGCACGAACAUGAUAGUCGUUACAGUCGUGGCAUCACUGCCGAAGGGUCAAAAGCUGGAAAAUGGAGCGAGCGCCGAGGUAGAGAGGCUGACCAUGAAUGUCCACCUCACGAGAGUCUACUAG